AUGGCCGAAAAACGAAAGCUACUUGGUGAAAUCGACAAAUGCUUUAAGAAGAUUGAUGAAGGUGUGGAAGAGUUUGAGGUUAUCAUGCAGAAGAUGCAAGAUGCCAACUCGGAAAAUCAACGGGACAAGUAUCAAGAUGAUUUGAAAAGAGAAAUCAAGAAACUACAAAGACUUCGUGAUUCGUUGAAGGGUUGGCAAAACAAUCCGGACAUCAAGGACAAAGACAAGCUAACACAAUAUCGACGAUUGAUUGAACACCGAAUGGAACAGUUCAAGGAUAUUGAAAGGGAGAACAAAACAAAGCCACACUCAAAAGUUGGACUUUGUGCGGAAGAGAAAGUCGAUCCAAAAGAACGUGAAAAAGCAGAAACAACUGAAUGGCUUCAAAACAUGAUCACCGACUUGGAGGCUGAAGUGGAUCGAACGGAAGCACUGAUAGAAGGCCAAGCUCAACCAGACGUUUCAACCAAGAAGGGUCGAAAGGGCAAAGAUGAUUUCAAGAAGAGCGAAUCCGCGAAAAAGUUGGACGAUCUCAAGAAGCAUCAUGAAAGAAUGAAAUUCCACAUUCAACAACUGGAACUUUGCAUGAGACUGGUCAGCAAUGAAACAUUGGAGCCGCAGCAAGUCUUGGACGUGCUAAAAGAUCAAGUGGAAAUGUUUAUGGGAAGUCUUGAUCCAGAUUAUGAUGGAGAAAAUGGAACCUCGGAAGAGCUGGACCCUGAAAGUGCUUAUGAAGAGUUGGAUCUUGAAGCGCAUGCAACAAAGCUGGGUGGAGUAGUCCAUGUAGCUACAAUCGAUCAAGAAAACGAAAAGACUACAACAACAGCGCCUCCUGCACCUACGCCAAUACUCACCGGGUCACAACCGCCCUCUACCAACUCGCCAUCGCCACUCAACAACGAGAAUCAUAAUCCACCAUCAACUCCUACACCAGCCGUUGUUAGGCCUACAAUUCAGACAUUCAGUCACAUAACAUCAAUUGUGUCUAAUAAAAGUAAUGAGGCUGAAGCUGUCAAGACUCCGAUAAAGCAGAUCACUGUGGCUGAGAUCAUCUCCAGUCCAGUUCCGGCUUCUAGUCCUCCUCAAGUGAUACAAAAUUCUCCAAUGAAGGUAGCACCGUUGCUUCCCGUAAUGGGCAUUACACCUGUUAGCAAUUCACCUACUAUUAAACAGCAAAUGCUUUCAAUAAAAGAUGAGGAAGCUCCUCGGCAAGUUUUACGGGCAUCUCAAACGGAUAACACAAAGGGAACGCCAUUGAAAAAUGUUUUGAUAGAAGAAACGCCGUUGUCUCUUAUCAAAGAAAGCAUCCGAUCAGAGUCUCCUGUUAACAACCAGCCAGUGCCUCCUGCUACCAACAAGCCAGUACCUCCUGUUACGCCUGCGAAUGAUGUGCCUUUGCCUACUGUAGAAUCUCAAUCGCCUCCAGACGCCGAGGAUACACUCCGACAAAUUAUUCGGACAACAGCUGAAGUCACAAAGGGUCCAACAUUAAAAGGUUUGAUUCCUUCCUGGCUAGGAGCUUCACCGUUGGGCCGUACCGCUCCAAGUUCGGAAUUGGAUGCUCAAGUCCUCGCAGUUGAUCAGGCACUGAUGAGAUGUCCACCAUAUUUGGAAUCUGAAAGACCAAGAUGCUACUUGCCCAAGCUGAGUUGCUCUGCGCCGUCUUAUUAUCCAGCCAGCACCCUUGCUCAUGUUGAUACACUGGAGUAUUAUCUACGUCUUGCGCCCGAAACGCUCUUCUUUGCUUUCUAUUAUAUGGAGGGGUCUCGUGCGCAAUUACUUGCAGCAAAGGCAUUAAAACGAUUGUCGUGGCGCUUUCACACAAAGUAUCUGAUGUGGUUUCAAAGACAUGAAGAGCCAAACGAAAUCACGAACGAGUUGGAACGGGGAACCUACGUCUAUUUCGAUUACGAAAAGUGGCUACAACGGAAAAAGGAAUCAUUUGUCUUUGAGUAUCGAUAUUUGGAGGACAAGGAUUUCGAU